CUUUUGUGUCGUAAAAAGGGUGAGUGAACCGCCUCAUUGUUAUUUAUUGCAUUUGUCUCUAAUAAUACAUUAAUUAGCUGUUUUACGGGUACAGCCAGUGCAAUAACAUAGGUCGCGACAGCCAUGCCGAUGUGAGUAAUAUAUAAGAGGUGUGGCACGUCGCAGGGGCGUUGUUUCUUGGUGCAGUGACAUUAUUGGUGUGAAAAAUAUUCUGCCUAUCUCGACGCAACAUGACCGAGUACAAAUUGGUCGUGGUAGGCGCUGGAGGCGUCGGUAAAUCCGCAUUGACUAUACAACUGAUUCAAAAUCAUUUUGUGGACGAAUACGAUCCUACGAUCGAGGAUUCGUAUCGCAAACAAGUAGUGAUAGAUGGUGAAACGUGCUUGCUGGAUAUUCUGGACACGGCCGGACAAGAGGAGUAUUCGGCUAUGAGGGACCAGUAUAUGCGGACGGGCGAAGGAUUCCUUUUGGUGUUUGCAGUAAAUAGUGCUAAAAGUUUCGAGGACAUUGGCUCGUAUAGAGAGCAGAUAAAGAGGGUGAAGGACGCGGAGGAAGUGCCAAUGGUGCUGGUCGGGAACAAGUGCGACCUUCAGGCCUGGGCCGUGGACAUGACGCAGGCGCGCGAAGUAGCGCGGAGUUACGACGUGCCCUUCGUCGAAACGUCGGCGAAAACACGAAUGGGUGUCGACGACGCAUUCUACACGCUAGUCCGCGAAAUCCGCAAAGACAAGGAGAGCCGCGGGAAGAAGUACAGGCGAGGCAAUAAGAGGGGCCCUCGGGGGCACUUCAAGUGCAUAUUACUGUAAAUACUUACUGAUACACUAAUAUUUAUGGAUAUCGUCUAGUUCAAACUUUUGCGUAUGGCUGAAAGAGGGUUGACUUGUGAAGGAAUAUGUUCCAUUUUAAACAUUUAUGUCACUUAUUUGUUCUAGGUAAACCUUGUUAGUUAGGUAUUAGAAUCAUGCGCGAGUGCCUACAGUUCGCCCAGAGAUAAUGCCACUGGUCAUAGAAAUCCAUAGAUAUUAAUAUCAAGGCUUCAUCAAAACAAAUCAGGUUGGUUUAUGCUUACUACUAUGACAUGGCCAAUAAAGAUGUGUAACUCAUAAGUGAUUUGUUAUAAAGAUAAACCAUUAUUAAAUUAUUUCAAUGAAUCAUGAAUACAUCUUUAAAUCAUCUGAUUUCAAUUUCAAAUUUCAAAAGCCUUUGUUGCUGACUUACAGAUUUACAAUUACACAUAUACAAAGUUAAGUUAUAAUAAAAACACAUCAGUCUCCAUCAGCGUAUGCUUUAGACACAAAGGCCUCCUCCAGAUCUUUCCACUUUUUCCGGCCCCUUGUGAGCCAGACCCACAAGGCACCUGCAGUGUGUCGUAUACUAUCUGCCCAUCUCCUCUAUCGACCUCUCCUAAUUGUUCCCCAUCUUGGGGAUAUAUCAGAUCAUAGAUUUAAAGAUGAAAAUCAUCUGAUAUUCAUCUUUAAAUCUAUACUUCAGUACAUCUUUCCAAUCAAUGUUACAUCAGAUUGUUUGAUGUAAAAAUCUACAUAUUUUAUCAAUAAAUCAUACAUCUGAUAGAUUGAAUUAUAAGUGAAAGUAAAUCUUCGCAGCAGAUGUGCUUAUUUUUAAACAUUUUAUAGAUUUUCGGAUAGGGAAUGAUAAUUAAAGAAUUAUUAUGGAUUUAUAAAUCUUUUACCCUGAGUCAUUUACGUUCACUUCAAAGAUUUAUUUUGCGCAUCUCUAAUGACCGGUGUAUCUUCAUUUAGUAACAGAUGCCUACAAAUAUUGUAUGGCAAAUUUCAACCAACUUUUCAGUACUGUUCUCCUUUUGAAUUCUUUAAUUUUCAAAACAUUAUAUAGUUGGUGAUCCAUUCAAAAGACAUUUUUUCUUUUUAGAAAACUGUUUGUGGUACAUAAUUAGAUAUGAAUGUUACUCGUACAUACAUUAUUAGUUUUUCUAAGGCAUCUCACUCAUCUAUGGAACAUCUACUUUAUUUCAUUCACCAGUCAAAACGAGAUCACUCAGUGCAGUUACUUUUUUAGAUGGAAAGCCAAUUAUGGCAAUAUGUUCAUAUUCGCUGGAUAUUUGAUUUCAAUUAUAGCAGUAUCAGAAAAUGUCUAUAAAAAUCUUUUUAUAACAGUUGUAUAUUGACAGAUGUGUGUUUUAUGUAUGUGAUAUUCUUAAAUGCUAUACUUCAUUAAAAAUGCUUAACCUCAUUCAUUAGGUCAAGAAUUUAAUAAUGCGUCGAUGGAAAUGUAAGCAUAAGUUAUUAAUUGUACAAAGUAACCAACUGAAGUGUUAUUGGAUAGAAAAAUCUUGAGAUAAAUGCUGAAAAGGAAAUAUGUUGGUCAUACAAGGUAUCACUAGAGAUUGAGCGUUUAUGAUCUCUGGAAAUAUGAAAACAACAAUCUUUUUCUUUCUCAUAACGCCCUGGACUUUGCGUUGCUACGACCGCGCUAUUUACAAGCAGAUAGUGAAAGUAGUAGGCCAAACCUAAUUGGUGCAGUCGGUUGCUGUGUACAUGUGAAUCUGAAUAAUUUACGUAAUCGUCACGCACCGAUAUCAGACAAUUUAUUUGCACAUUUCAUUAAUUGGUGUUUAACUCAGUAUUUGUAUGUAAGCAUGAGGUUUUGAAGAAGUACGGUCUAUAAGGUUUGUAGAGAAAACUAAAGCAAAUGAUAUAACAAAAGUCAAUAAAUAAGUACACUAUAUAGUUAAUAUAAAUAAUGUACUUAUUUUCAUAAGGAAAAGUUGAGAUUUUUUCUACAUUGAUAGUUUUUUAUUAAACUCAACUAACUAAGUACAUUUAGUUCUUUCGAACUCAAGAUACAAUGCUUUACCAUAUUUCCAAAUGAUCAUCUCAAUCUCUAGAUAUAAGGUGCUAAUGCAAAAGAUGGUUCACUUAAAAUCGAAAUUUGCCAUAACAUUUAAUAUCUGUCAACUUCAUUUAAUGUAAGAUGGGAAUUUAUUUCACAUUUCUAGUAAUAAGCUUAAAACUCUCAAAACUAUUAAAGAAUAAUAAUGUAGCUAACAGAGAAAAGUUUCAUCAAAUAAUAAUAAUAUUAGUUUAAGCUCUUUCUGUAACAAAUGGCGAAUGUAUGGAAAUGGAAGUACUAUAUGAUUUGCUCGCUAUAGAACUUGGUUGUGCAUUCUGUUAUUUUAAUUAGUACAAAUGCAGGCUGACGUCAUUCUAACUCAUAAAGCAUUGGACACACAAAUGACGAUUAUAUUUUAGUGAACGAAGCUUAUCAUUCUGUGGCAUAGUGAUAUUUAAUCUGACGUGUAAUUAUAUGGACUAAUUAACCAACCUUUAUGUUACCAAUUCUUAUACCGUUACCGCUUUUACAUCUUAACAAUAUUAUGAAACUAACAGUUGUUGCACUAAUUCCGUCAGAAGUAUAAUAAAAAACGAUUUAUGUGAAGAACAAUACUCCACAUAAUGCAUAGCAGAAUAUGACUAUACCUUAAGAUAUUUAAGAAUUCUUCAUCAUCUCGAGACAUAAUUUUGUUCAAGCCUUAGAUAAAUUAGUUGUCAAUAUACAUGUGAUAGGCUUCGCUUGGUUUUUUGUAAAAUUUACUUCAAUAACUCAUAUAUUAUUUUAGUUGAUUCGUUUUACCGAUUCAAUGAUUAGAUCGCUGUGUGACCUCCGCCUAAAGAGAAUAUCAGUGAACGGAUUAAGGUAUUAAAUAUGAGAGCACACUACAUGUAUGCCUCGAGUCAGAGCAUGGCAUAUUUAAUUGCGAUUGCUUUAAUGAAACCAGUAACAGAUGGUAUGCAUGAUUGACUGUACGCCAUGCAUGCUUGUCAUAUGAAAGAUUUAUUUAUCCUGUUUGAAUAAUAUCUUUGUCUACUAUACUUAAUUGAAAGCUUGUAUAAAGCCCUUGUUAUAUAUUUUCCUAUUCACAAAACUCGCUUAUUUACAAAUAAUCUUGAAAACAAUCGUUUAUGUAAUUGAUAAUCAUAUUUUUUUAAAUUAACUCUGUCAAUUUUGGACGAAGCUUAUUUAUGUAACCUGUUAAUUGUUUUGUUUCUGUUCUGGCGUCAGAACUUACUUUGGAAUUAUAAAGUUUAUUUAUCUGCAUUACUUAAUUAAAUAGUCAUAUCGCAACAAUGCCCACUGCACUUGACAAAACUCAAGGCCAUACUGAUUCGCGGUUAUGUUGAUAAAGUGAAGCAUUAAAUUAAUCCAAUGUACGACAAACUCGUUCUGUCCUUAAAUAUUAAAAAGGUGCCUACUUAAUAAACCCACAGAGAGAAUAGGAAAUCAAUCUAAAACUCUUCUCAGCGCAUCUAGAUUUUUGUAAUAUCGGCUCGCAUAUUCAACGAUAUAUAAAUAACGUACCUAUAAUGAAAACAAUAACCGCGUACUUUUUCUUAAAUAUUACCAUAUCAAUUUAUCAAU